CUGAAGAGAGGGGCCAGGUAUGUGGCCGUGCAGGGGAUGCCGCUGAUUGGGUGCUUGCCCUUGACGAUGACACUGUCGCAGCCGGGGGAGCGAGACAACCUCAGCUGCGUGGCGCCCCUCAACCAGAAGAGCCUCGGCCACAACCACCACCUCCAGGCGAGGCUCCACCGGCUCCGGCGUAGCCACCCGGACGCCAUCAUCGCCUACGCGGACUAUCACGCCGCGCACCUCGCCGUGGUGCGCAGCCCGGCCAGGUACGGCUUCGCGGAGCCCUUCAAGGCCUGCUGCGGCACAGGCGGCGGCGCCUACAACUUUGAGAUCUUCUCCACCUGCGGCUCGCCGGAGGUCGCCACCGCCUGCGCCCAGCCCGCUAGGUACGUCAACUGGGACGGGGUGCACAUGACCGAGGCCAUGUACAAGGUCGUCGCCGGCAUGUUCUUCCACGACGCCACCGGGGCGUACUGCCGGCCGACCUUCUGCUCCUUGCUCGCCGCCAGGAAAGACCACGGCCAGUGAGCUUGAAC